AUGACGAUUACUCUAGAUGACGUCUCUUGCCUGCUUCACUUGCCCAUCAGGGGAGUCUUCUGGAGCCCUCAAGAUAUCAAUGAAGGACUUGCUAUUGAGUGGGUUGUUGAUUACUUAGGAGGGUCACAGAGAGUGGCACAACAACAUGUCUGUGACUGCAGGAGUUCUUAUUAUAAGUUGGAGUGGUUAUAUGAUCGAUUUGUAGAGCAUAUAGCUGCUUCUAGAUGA